AUGCAGCUGUUUAGCAGAAAAACUGAGUCCUGGCAGACUCUUUCAGCAGGCAUAGAGAAUAGUGACAGAUACAUAGCCGUGCACAUCAUACCUGACCAGAUGAUGUCCUUUGGCGGCUCCACGGACCCCUGCGCUCUCUGCAGUCUGCACAGCAUUGGCAAAAUAGGAGGGCAGCAGAACAAGAGCUACACCAAGCUCCUCUGUGACCUGAUCUCCAAGCACUUGCAUGUAUCUGCAGACAGGGUGUACAUCAACUACUAUGACAUGAAUGCCGCCAAUGUGGGCUGGAAUGGUUCCACCUUUGCGUAGAGCUCUCACGUCUGACCAAAGAGGAAAUUCCUGGACCUGCCCUUCUCCUGCCAGUUAGCAGAGACCUCUGCACAAACGGCCCCGUGUUUUGUGCACCCUCACUGAUCGAUGGCUCCUCGUUAGUGUGUCCACCACUUGCUGCUUCAACAUUCCUGUUUUCUCUAUGUAGAAAACAAAUAAAGAAUUAGAAGGAA